ACACAUUCCAGCAGCAGCAGUUCACCGUAACAGUCAUCCAGCUAAGCAGCAUCGCCGUCAAAUAAACGCUUCGCGCGGGCAAUUGAUUAUUCAUUUGUUUUACCACCCCCAAAAAAUAAUAAUAAUAACAUCACGGUGUUAUUAUUUUUUUUUUUAUAGCGGCCAGGCGUCGUGCACGCAAAAAGGGUUCUCGUUCGUACUCCGUGUGGCUCCGUGUGGAGUGUCACUGGCAAAAAAAAAAUCAUCGCUCGGUGCAAUGAGAAUGCCCGCAGUCAGCUGAGCGCCGGUCAGCCUCUCUGCGUGUGCGGAGAGCUUGGGGUGGGGGGGUGGCAGCUUGCGCUGUGUGGUUCGCUUCAAGUCUCGAGUGCACGCGGCCGUCAAAGGCUGAAGACGGUGGUACGCGAUGGCUCUCGUGGUUCAUCUGAAGCGGGUGGAGAAGCUUCGGGGCAAAGCGGACCGGAUUGCCCGGGUGACGUUUCGAGACUCGCCCUACGACACCAAGGUGUUCGAGAACUGCGAAGAUGAAGCACGCUUCGACGCGACCUUCCGCUGGCCGCUUGCAAGCGCAAUCAAUGGAAGUGAAACCUUGGAAGUCCGAGUUUACAAUUACAGUAAGCUGCUCUCGAAAAGGCUGGUGGGCACCUUCCGCAUGGUGCUGCAGCUGCUGGUGGAGCGGGGACAGCUGGAGCUGACGGACACGCUCCUCGACGACAACAAUGCCUCGAUCAUGGCCACGGUCACGCUGGAACUCAAGUACUUUGCGCUCGACAGCACGGUCGGCCAGUGGAACGAGAUGGACUUCAUCCCAACCCCUACAGAGGACACAGAUAAUCUCGUGCCAAGCAUGGAGACCACUGGAGAUGCAAAAAGCGGCUCGCACAGUGGGAUGACCACCAGGUUCAGUGAUAUUAAGAUGUCCUGCCUUAGCAUCAAAUCUAGGGACACCAGAAGAUUUCGCAUGGACACGAACAACAGGAAUUUUCUACAGAAACUUGGAGCAAAGAAACGGCCACCGAAAUCCAGCCUGGUGCUUACGAACCUCAACGCAGAAGAUGACGAGAAUAUGGACGUAGAGGAAAUGGACAGGAAGAUGUUGGCGGCAAGCCGGGGCGACAUGCUGGACAACAUCUCCCUCGCCUCUGGCAUCGUCGAGACCACCAAUGUUUCCAACAAAAGAUCGAAACCGGAGCCGAGGGUCGAUCCGACUGCGGGCAAGCCUCAGAGCUACCAGGUGAGCGUGAUGAUCAUCGAGGCCCGACAGCUGGUGGGCCUCAACAUGGACCCGGUUGUGAUUGUGGAGGUCGGGGAAGAAAAGAAACAGACGAGCCAGAAGGAGUCCACGAACUGCCCCUACUACAACGAGUAUUUUGUGUUUGACUUCCACACGCCUCCCAACAUGAUGUUUGACAAGAUCAUAAAGAUCUCGGUGAUCCACUCAAAGAACUUAAUCCGAAGUGGAACUCUUGUCGGCACCUUCAAAUUAGACGUCGGCACAGUCUACAGUCAGCCUGACCACCGCUUCUACCACAAGUGGGCCGUGCUCACCGACCCAGACGACAUCACGGCUGGCAUCAAGGGCUACGUGAACUGCGACAUCGCCGUGGUGGGGAAGGGCGACAACAUCAAGACGCCGCACAAGUCCGUCGACAACGACGCCGACUCCAUUGAAGGGAAUCUGCUGCUCCCGGAAGGGAUCCCGGCAGAUCGGCAGUGGGCCCGUUUCUCCGUGAGGAUCUACAAGGCCGAGGGCCUGCCCAAGAUGAACACCGCCAUCGUGGCCAACGUGAAGAAGGCCCUCAUGGGCCAGGAGAGGGACCUCGUCGACCCCUACGUGCAAGUCUCCUUCGCUGGACAGAAGGGCAAGACGUCCGUGCAGCGGAACAGCUACGAGCCGGUGUGGAACGAGCAGGUGGUGUUCACCGAGCUCUUCCCACCACUCUGCCGCCGUAUGAAGCUCCAAAUCCGCGACAGCGACAAAGUCAACGACACGGCCAUCGGCACUCACUUCAUCGACCUCAAGAAGAUUUGCAACGACGGGGAUAAAGGAUUUCUGCCAACGUUCGGCCCGGCGUGGGUCAACAUGUACGGCUCGACACGCAACUACACGCUCAUUGACGAGCACCAGGAGCUGAACGACGGCCUCGGGGAGGGCGUGUCGUUCCGCGCCCGCCUCCUCUUGGGAAUCUCCAUGGAAAUCCUGGACAUCACGUCUCCGGAGUUGAGCACCAACACCGAGAUCUCGGUGGAGUCCAUCCCUCACGUCGCCGACUCUGUAGCUGGAAAGAUGGAAGAGUUUUUCUUGUUCGGAGCUUUCCUGGAGGCCACGAUGAUUGACAGGAAGAUCAGUGACAAGCUGAUCAGCUUUGAAGUCAGCAUUGGGAAUUACGGAAACAGCUUGGAUGGGCUGAACAAGUCGAAUAUUCUUGACCGCAGCGAUGACGAGGACGAAUACGACGAGGGGGAUGAGGAUGACGAGACUGAGCUGCUAAACGAUGAGACGGAUGAUGCAGAAAUGGAUGAUGACACUUCUGGCUCCUCUACUACCCCUUCCUAUAAGCCGGAGACUAAUGACAGGCAGUACUUCCACAUGCCUUACUACGAGCAGAAGCCGUGCGUGCACGUGCGGAGCGCGUGGCACGACCAGCGACGGCGUCUCUACAACUCCAACAUCAUUGACAAGAUCGCCGACAAGCUGGAGGAGGGCAUCAACGAUGUUUUGGAGACGAUGAAGAUAGAGAGGCCCCACCCAGAACGGAGGCUGCGGGGAGCCUUGGAGGAGAUGAGCGCGGGUUGCAGCCGAUUCCUUACCCUUGCCAACAAAGAUCCAUCUGCAUUCGGGCGCACGAGAUUGGACCGGGACCGUCUCAAGAUAUGCAUGAGGGAGCUUGAACAGAUCGGCCCGCAGGCAAAGAAUCUGGUGAAGCAGGUGAAGCGGGCAAACCUCAAGGAGCGGCUCAAGACGGCCGAGGGCUUCCUGCAGAAGCUCCGGUUCCUCGCCGACGAGCCCCAGGACAGCAUCCCGGACGUCUUCGUCUGGAUGCUGGUCAACAAGACGAAGCGCGUCGCAUACGCGCGCAUCCCCGCCAAAGAUAUCCUCUAUUCCAUUGUAGAGGAGGAGACGGGGAAGGACUGUGGUAAAGUCAAAACGCUUUUCCUUAGGCUGCCGGGGAAACGUGUCUUCGGCUCGGGCGGUUGGACCAUGCAGGCCAAGCUGGAGGUCUACCUCUGGCUGGGCCUCAACAAGCAACGCAAAGACUUCCUCACUGGUCUGCCCAGCGGCUUUGAGGAGAAGAAAAUUGGGGUCACCGGUGUUCCGCCGAGUGUCCUCAACUACCACAAGAGGUCGCAGUUCGAGCUGCGCGCGCACAUGUACCAGGCUCGCAGCCUCUUCGCCGCCGACAGCACGGGGCUCUCCGACCCCUUCGCUCGAGUCAUCUUCUCCACCCACUGCAAGUCCACCGAGGUAUUCCAGGAGACGCUCUGCCCAACGUGGGACCAGCUGUUGCAGUUCCAGAACGUCUACAUGUACGGGGAGCCACGCGAGCUGAGAGAUGACCCACCCAUGGUCGUCAUCGAGGUGUUCGACCAAGACACCGUGGGCAAAGCCGAGUUCAUUGGUCGAGCACUGGCCAAGCCGGUGGUGAAAAUCAGCACGGAGCCGUACGAACCCCCGCGCUUCCCUCCAAUGCUCGACUACUACCAGAUCUACCGAGGCCCGGUCACUGCUGGAGAGCUGCUGGCAUCGUUUGAGCUCCUGCAGGUCCCACCAGCAGACAACUGUAAAUUCCCUCCGGUCUCCGGACUGAACGACACGGACCGAGGGCCCAUCAUCCCGGUGCCCAAGGGGAUUCGGCCUGUCCUGGCCAAGUACAGGAUAGAGGUUCUCUUCUGGGGCCUGAGGGAUCUCAAGCGAGUGCAGCUGCAGUCGGUAGAUCGGCCACGCGUCGACAUCGAGUGCGCGGGGAAGGGCAUCCAGUCGGUGGUGAUCACAGACUUCAAUAAAAACCCCAACUUCAGCCACCUUGUCAAGUUCUUUGAGGUGGAUCUGCCAGAGAACGAAUUGUUCCACCCGCCGCUCAACAUCCGAGUGGUGGACUGUCGCGCGUUCGGACGCUACAUUCUUGUGGGCUCGCAAACCGUCACCUCCCUACGCAAGUUCAUCUUCCACACCACGGGGCCAGACAUGGGCCGCCAAGGCAGCACUAAGCCUCGAUUCCUGGCUAAACGGUUUGCUGUCCUUCGAGUGAAGCAGGCGACCAGCGAUGCCGAGAUUAUCAAGCAAAUCGUGGAGACGAACACGGCAGACUCCGACAAGAAAACAGAGACAACAAUCACCAUCGAGGGCGGAGAGCCGGGGGCCACCCACGGCAAGAAGAGUAAAAAAAAGAAGACAGAACCGGAGGAUGCAGAGCGUGACGAGAGCGUGCUGGACUGGUGGUCAAAGUACUUUGCCUCCAUUGAGAUGCUCCAAGAGAGUCGGUUGCAGACUCCAGGUGAAGAUGCAGUGGAGGGAGCCGCUGCAGAGCCAGCCCAGGCCGCAGAGUCCCCAAGAAAGGCCCUGCAGUUCCACAAAGCGGCCGACAAGGACAAACAGCUGAAGAAGAAACCUCACCUUCGAGUGGAAGAGUUGAAGCAUCGGAUGAACCCAGAACUGCUGAAGCACUGUUUGAUGGUUAUGAAGUCUGGUGGACUGUUAAUGGUUUAUGACAAGGAGCUGGAGGCAGAGUUUGACAACUUUGAGGACUGGCUACACACGUUCAAUCUGUAUCGUGGCAAGACCAGCGAUGAAGAUGACAUUUUGGAUGAGGAGAGGGUGGUGGGACGUUUCAAGGGCUCGACCUGCGUGUACAAGUGGCCCCUCGCGGACAACGUGCUGAAGGAGGUGGGGUACGACCCCCAGUUUGGAAUGUUCCAGGGCAUCCCCACGAACGAUCCCAUCAACGUGCUCGUGAGGGUCUACAUUGUGCGGGCCACUGACCUCCAUCCGGCUGACAUCAAUGGGAAGGCGGAUCCGUACAUUGUGAUCAAGCUGGGCAAGACCGAGGUGAAGGACAAUGAAAACUACAUCUCCAAGCAGCUGAACCCCAUCUUUGGAAAGUCUUUUGACAUCGAGGCCACCUUCCCCAUGGAGUCAAUGCUCACUGUGCAGGUCAUGGACUGGGACCUGGUGGGCAUGGAUGACCUCAUUGGAGAGACGAAGAUUGACCUCGAGAACCGUUACUACAGCCGGCACCGUGCCACGUGCGGGAUCGCACAGCAGUACGCCGUUCACGGCUACAACACGUGGCGCGACCCCAUGAAGCCGACACAGAUCCUGGCCAAGUUGUGCAAGGACAACAAGGUGGACGGGCCGCACUACGGGCCGGGUGGCCGGGUAAAGGUGGCCAACCGUAUCUUCAAUGGCCCCACUGAGAUGGAAGAUGACAACGGUCACAAGAAGCAGACGGAGGAGCACCUGGCACUGAAGGUCUUGCACAGCUGGGAGGAGAUUGCCCGUGUGGGCUGCAGGCUGGUACCGGAGCACGUGGAGACCCGGCCUCUACUGCACCCCGACAAGGCUGGCAUUGAGCAGGGCCGUCUGGAAAUGUGGGUGGACAUGUUUCCGAAGGACAUGCCGCACCCAGGGCCACCCGUGGACAUCUCUCCACGCAAACCCAAGAGCUAUGAGCUGCGUAUAAUCAUUUGGAACACCGACGAGGUGAUUUUGGAAGACGAUGCUUUCAUGACGGGAGAGAAGAUGUCGGAUAUCUACGUGCGAGGCUGGCUAAAGGGGCAGCAGGAGGACAAGCAGGAUACGGACGUGCACUACCACUCGCUCACGGGCGAGGGCAACUUCAACUGGCGCUUCAUCUACCCCUUCGACUACCUGGUGGCGGAGGAGAAGAUCGUCAUCUCCAAGAAGGAGUCCCUCUUCUCGUGGGACGAGACCGAGUACAAGAUCCCGGCGCGUCUCACUCUGCAGGUGUGGGACGCCGACCACUUCUCGGCCGACGACUUUCUUGGUGCCAUUGAGUUGGACCUCAACCGCUUCCCACGAGGAGCAAAGUCCGCCAAGCAGUGCUCGUUGAACAUGCUCAAGAUGGACGGCUCGGUGCCCAUGAUCUCCAUAUUCAAGCUCAAACGGGUCAAGGGCUGGUGGCCUUUUGUCUCCCGCGACGAGAACGACGAACAGGAGCUCACGGGGAAGGUGGAGGCUGAGCUGCAUCUUCUGACCGCUGAGGACGCGGAGAAAAACCCGGCAGGGCUGGGCCGCAGCGAGCCGGACCCUCUCGAGAAGCCUAAUCGCCCCAAAACUUCUAUCUCGUGGCUGACAAAUCCAUUCAAGUCCCUCUUCCUCGUCAUCUGGAAGAACUACAAGUGGUACAUCAUCACCGCCCUCGUCCUCCUCAUCUUUGCCCUCUUCAUCGCCCUGCUUCUCUACACAUUGCCAGGCGCCAUCACAAACAACAUCUUCGGAUAGGGAACCUCAGAGACGAUGGCUUUCGGAAACAUUCCAAAAGAUGCCAAGAGGAUUAUAGCCAAAGCUCAUGAUGUUUUACAGGGUUGCGAGGGCACGAGAUGGAUCCACCUCAAAGGAGAGGCAAAGCCAAUUAUCCACAGCCUGUUUAUAACUCACGUAGCACAGGUGCACCCAAGCUGACGGGAUGUGUUGAUAAUGUUACGUUGUGAACAUGUGACGCAUUAGCAGCGUCGUCUCGAAAAAUCUACACAUGCACUCCAACCGUUCGAAUAAGCACUUAAAGUGACACCUUUGCUCAGGAGACCAUUAUUGUGCGUAAAAAAAUAGCCUCUUGCGUUACAUGCCACCCAUGGGGAUUAGGUUGGCAGCCUCACCUGUGGGCAGGUGUGUGAGUUUAUAUAAUAUACUAGCCAGCUGCACUGGUUGCAGCGAUUGUACAGUGGUAUAUGUUUAUGGUGUAUUACAAACAAGCAUUUAAAUUAUGAUAGCAUUUGCUUUGGUGUGUACUUAAUGGGACCUCUUUUGCCAGUACCAAAAUAUGAGCCGAGUCUCAAAACGGCGUCCUCUGGUCAAACACCGUUUUGAGACUCGGCUAAAAAGAAAGCUGUCUCUGGUGUGGACCAAUCAGUUUCGAAGACAAUGCACAUAUUGUCAGAGUAUGUUUUUUGUUUGCAUUUUGACCACAAGUAUUGUGGUUAAUGCAGACAUGAUUCCUUGUAAAAGGUUUCAGUUUGGUGUUUUAACAUCUUAACACCUUUUUUGUUGCCAGAAAAAAGGCGAAAACCAAUUCUUAUAUUUUGGUGUGUACUAUAAGUCAUGUACACUCUCUGCAUGUGGACAGCUAAUGUUUAAUUUGUGGUAGUUUUUGUAUUUUUGAGUAGACAGUUUAUGCAAUCAAUUAUCAUACAACUGACACGUGUGAUUUUUAGAACAUUUCCCUGCAUGAUUUUGGACGGGGUAGCAACAGUGAGCUGCUCAAAGCUCAAGUCGGGCGAGGCCUUCCUUUUCCAUCCGUUGGCCAAAUUUCACAAAGAUAUGGCCCAACUCGGCUUUAAAUACAGCACCUGGUUGAAAUCAUCUCGUGGAAACCACAAUUGUUCGUAAGCCACAAGUUCUUAAGUGUGGAUCAUCUUAUUUAAAAAAAGGUGGGAAUACGUUAUUUGUCGUGUGACAGCACCAAAGCACAAUUCUUUAGCACCAGAACAAAGUGACACACUGCCCAGUGUAUCAUAGGAGGGUGGGGAUGCUGUGGUGGUGUAAUGCUAGCACACUGGACUUGCACUCCAAAGCUCGCCCAUUCGAUUCAAUUUCCCGGCGUGGCAAUUAAAACAAUCUCGCAAGUUUAUUAAAGCCCUCUGCCUCGGUCCACGCAGCAGUAUAAGUGUUACGGUUGAUCAGCAGGUCCCGUGCGGUUGGGUAAAGUGUGGGUACGCUCAUGUCUUCUAAGACGUCUGUCCAGCGUUGACGAGUCGACCAAAAUAUCGAAACAUGAUUGAGUUCUUUCGUUGGUAGAGGCCCUAAUGCCAGUAGCAAUCAAUCGAAAGGCUGCACCUUUAUCUUGCUGUCAGUUAAGUAUUUUAUUUCAGGAUGCCUGGUCAUGGUUUAUAAUUAAUUUGGCAUUUUACAACGUUGAUCUUUUUAAUUCGACAAAAAACAUUAAAGCACAGAAUCAGACUGCACGAUGGCCUAAUGUGCAACAUAAAAUGUGUAACGGGAGGGGACCCUCAUGACCUGGACAAUAGAGGACGAAUGAACGGGAAGAAAAAAACAGAGCCAAAAGUGAGUUGCUGAAAUCUAUCUCUUUGCCACAUGGACCGGUCUUCAAUGUGCAUUCAUUAUUGCUUGGACGUUACAUCCUCCAUUUGUAUCUAAAAGUACUGAAUACGUUACGGAUCUAGACAUAAGGAAAGUGCUACGUAGGUGUACUAAGAGGGUUGCGUGUGUCAUUGGUCGACAUCUGUUUCUAUAUAUAUUUUUUCUGUACUGGGACACUGCCACCACUGUUCUUUGCAUCACUUAAUUUUGGACUUUGAUAUAGAAAUGUGGUGAACUAUUAUGCACAGUACUUGAGUAAGUGGAUAACUGAAAUCAAUAAUAAUAUAAUAGUAGUAAUUUUUUGACCUCCCAAUAACCAGUAUUUAAUCUUAACAUUCAUUGAUUUAAUAGAAAAUAUCGUUACAAAUAUAAUAUUGCAAAAUCAGUAGUUUUUUAUGACAAAUACCAAAAAAAGUCGUACUGAGGAUACUUUAAAUAUGUACGCUAAUACUUACUGUAAUGCAUUGUUUUGAGUAGUUACUGUGUUGGAAAAUAAUGUGCGCAUACCUUGAAUAGCUUGUUCUCAAAAUAGUUUGAUGUUUUAUUCUAAACGCCGCAAAAUCCCGUCAUCUAUUCUACUUUUGUAUUGAUCCUCAACGUUUUUUUUAAAACGGAAUUGGUGGUAUGGGUAAGUUGUAAAUGUAAUAAUAUUUCUAUGUAAUUGCUUUAAUGGAAUUUCUCCAACAUUUAGAGUGAGGAUUUGCAAUGCAUUGUGCAAUGGUGUUUUGUGUGAUGCAAUGCAUAGGACACGGUGGUUACUGGUCUGUGGGUUUAUUUUUAUGGGGAUAAUGUGGACAAUCACGGAAGUCUGUGUUUAUAUGGAUCAGCCGGUUCAUUAAUGCGAUCCCAGGUCUCAGAAGCUUUUGAACAAGGAAUCUCCCACUUUUGCUUUCAAAUAUAUUGUUCCACCUGGUGUAUAUAUAUAUUUUGGUUUUUUAUCGUCUGCCAUGGUCAAUCAACUGCUGGAUGAAGGCCUCCCCAAGCCAUUGCUACCAGUCAAAAUUCUUCGAUGUAACAAUCCACCCAGCACGUGAACAGGUUUCAUUGCUCCAUCUCCUCGGAUGCAUUCCAUUGCUUGACUGCCGCUCUGUUACCACUCUUGACCACUCUCCAUCAUCCGCUUGUGAUUAAUAAUGUUUACUAGUGAAGCAGGGAUUUUCUCUUUAAAACCCUACGUUUAUUUAAUCACGGCAUAGCAGUUGAAUUGUAUUGAUGAUUACGUUUGUAAUUUUGUUCUGCCUGUUUAAAAUGCACGAAAAUGUUUCUUGUUGGUUUUUCUUAAAAACGUUUCUAUAUAACGUUAUGUUGCUGCCCAUGAAUGUAAUACAUACAUCUUUUAUGUACUAUAUGCUAUUAAUCAUGGUUCCAAGUGAGAUCCCCUUUGUCAUCUAGCUUAGUAACACACAUUGGAGUACAGUAGGAGUUUUAGAUUUAUUUUUUCAUAAAAAUUAAAAUCGAUUAAGGUUGGUGAUCUACACCAGAGCACUGCGUCACUUUUAUGAAAGAGCGCACAACUUAUUUCUACUUUCUUAAAAAAGAAAAACCACGAAGAGGCUAAGAUAAUAAGGAUGAAUGUGCCACUCACCUCCACUUAUCUGUGAACGACUGGAACAAAAACCUUGGGUAAUUGUGGAUAACAGGAAAAAUAGGGACACGGAUGACUACAUUGCAUGGAACCUUUCAGGUCCCACAAAUGACAGGAAUUGUGGGUAAUAUGGUCCCACAAAUGACAGGAAUUGUGGGUAAUAUGGUUGAAGGUUAAUGGAGUUCUCCUGUAAUAAUGCAUGAGAUGAUACGUAUAGAUUUUCAAAUGGAAUAAAAAAUUAUGUUACGAGCAAGGGCAUUAGAUUACUUAGAAAGACCUAUUGUUGUGUUAUUAUUGAAGGUCAGGGGUUUUUGUAAAGACAUACGAAGCACGUUAGCCAUCCAUGAAAAUUACAGGGUGCUUCACAAAAAUGUGAACACUUCCGAGAAUUUGCAGCAAUAGCACGAAGAAAUGUGCCUCCGGGCUCUGGAGACCACCUGGAGAAGAUUCCGGGCACGUGUUGACAAUGAUGGCGAACAAGUGGAGACUCUUUGAAGCGAUUAACAUACAUUUGUUAUCACGUUACAGUCUAUUAUCCGUUCUUUUUCCAUUAAAACGAUAGUCCCAUAUAAGUUAACAUUAUUUUCAAGCACCCUGUAUAUUCGAUAAGUGUUGGAGAGCAGCAAGCAUAGCUUUGAAUCACGCAGUUAAUUGAAGCCCUCGCUGUGAAUCACAGUCGUACAAAAUGUGUCGUCAAAUGAAAGUGUAGAAUUAUGCUAGCUUUGGGAAAGUUGAAGGGAUUAUUGCUAGGGUGAGGGAAAGGUUGUGUUAGAGUAUGCUAGUCAGAACAAGUCGCCAAUAAGUCUUCCUUGGACGUUGAACUCAAAUUUAGGUAGAAAAAUCGACAUUAACACAUUCGAUGUGCGUCUUUAUCGGUGCCGCAGUGUGUCGCCAAAAAAAAAGGUUAGACGGUUCUUGAUUACAACAGUCUUUUAAAAAAGCUGCAUGACGAAUGAACAAAAUAUAUAGUUGCGAUGAUAAGAGUGCUGUUUAAUAGCAUCCUAUACAUAUAUGUAAAUCUGUGUAUAUAGAGGUUGAUUGUACACUAUGUAAAGUAUACAUGCGUUUAUAAAAGUGUGUUUAUACAGUCCAGUAGAUAGCCUUGUUGUACAUGAUGCAUGGCGGAAUUACAAUCCGGAUUUCCUCGCGAUGAAUUAAUGAAGGCGGGGAAGGGGGGAUAGGGGGGGCUUGUUGCUGUAUAUGUGAUGGCGUGAUGGUGCAAGUAGCCGAUUCGUGUUGGGGACUGUGGGGAACGAGGUUGGUGGCUAUUUUACUCCGCGCCGGUUGACAUCGGCACUCUUUUGUGCAUUCUAGUGCGUUGAAUUGUAAGUGCUCUGUGAAGUAAAUAAAAAACUUGAGUUUG